CCCCGUCAAGUCAAAGGUCAAACCCCGAUAACGCUAGUAGAGUUCCACUGCUCCUUCUUUUCCUUGACACGCACCUGAUAAUUUCCCCUUCUCACCGCAGCAUGGAAUCAAUGCUGUUCGCAUCUUCACAAUCACCUUCAUCACCCUCCACUAUACUUUCUACUCAAAACCCUAAUUUAUCAUCAACGAAUCAUCAUCGUAAUCAAAUCUUCUCUUUUUCCUUCCGGUGCCCAUUAACUUCCCAAAGCAAUAGUCAUCCGCCGGCGGCUGUAUCCUGCUGCGCGUCACAACAGCCGAACAUGACGGCUCCGGCGAAGGAAGCAAAGCUAUGGGGAGGGAGGUUCGAGGAGGGAGUGACGGAUGCUGUAGAGAGGUUCACCGAAUCGAUUUCGUUCGAUAAGGCUCUUUACAAACACGACAUUAUGGGUAGUCGUGCUCAUGCUUCCAUGCUUGCCAAACAGGGAUUGAUCAGUUUCAGCGAUAAGGACAGUAUUCUUGAAGGUCUGGAUCAGAUAGAGAAACAAAUUGAAAUAGGGGAGUUUGUAUGGAGGACUGACAGAGAAGAUGUACACAUGAACAUUGAAGCAGCACUUACUGAUUUGAUUGGAGAACCUGCUAAGAAGCUUCACACAGCUAGAAGUCGAAAUGAUCAAGUUUCAACUGAUUUUCGCCUCUGGUGUCGUGAUGCUAUUGAUACAAUUAUUUCACAUAUUAAACAUCUUCAGGUUGCUUUGGUGAGCUUGGCUAAGAAAAACACUGGAGUUAUUGUUCCUGGUUAUACACAUUUGCAAAGGGCACAACCAGUUCUACUCCAACAUCAUCUUCUAGCAUAUGUUGAACAGCUUGAACGUGAUGCUGGGCGUUUGGUAGAUUGCAGAGUUAGGUUGAAUUUCUGCCCUUUAGGUGCAUGUGCAUUAGCUGGCACUGGCCUUCCUAUAGAUCGAUUCAUGACUUCAGAUGCUCUUGGUUUUACUGCCCCUAUGAGAAACAGCAUGGAUGCAGUUUCGGAUCGUGAUUUUGUUUUGGAACUUCUUUCUGCAAAUGCAAUUACAGCAAUGCAUCUUUCUCGACUAGGUGAAGAAUGGGUAUUGUGGGCAUCAGAGGAAUUUGGGUUCAUCACCCCAAGUGAUUCGGUUUCAACGGGUAGCAGUAUAAUGCCUCAGAAGAAAAACCCGGACCCGAUGGAACUUGUUCGUGGAAAGUCUGCUAGGGUUUUUGGAAACUUGGUCACACUUCAAGUAUUAUGCAAGGGACUUCCACUUGCUUACAACCGUGAUCUACAGGAAGACAAGGAACCUGUAUUCGACAGUGUGAAAACAAUCAUAGGAAUGCUAGAAGUAUCAGCAGAGUUUGCGCAUAACAUCACAUACAACCAUGAAAGAAUACAAAAGUCUUUACCAGCUGGUCAUCUUGAUGCCACUACACUUGCAGAUUAUCUUGUUCACAAGGGGAUACCUUUCCGAACAUCACAUGACAUAGUUGGAAGGGCGGUGGCAUUGUGUGUUUACAAAAACUGUCAGCUUCGGGAGCUGAGUCUUGAUGAAUUACGUGGAAUUAAUAAGAUAUUUGAUGAAGGGGUUUAUGAUUAUCUUGGGGUAGAAAAUUCAAUCAAGAAAUUUAGCUCAUAUGGUUCUACUGGCUCUGAAUGUGUAGCUGCUCAACUAGAUUUCUGGGUUUCAAGCCUCAAUCUUAAUCUGUGACUGAAUCCGGUUAAUUUAUUUAUGUAGUAGUUAAUUGUCUGUGUAUUGAGUUUGUGAUAAUCAAAGUGACUUUUAAUAAGAGGAAUCAUAUUGAAUGGCAU